AAAGCAUAUUAUAUUUUGCAGUACGUGUGUCUUCUGGUGCUGAUUUCGGCUGUGGCCGUUGAGCCAACCCUGUUGAAGGCGAAACUGAAGCUUCUGGGACUUCUGCAUGGCGAAGGAGAUUCUGGACCACCACCAGUUCAUGUCGAACCCGUUUACUACCAGGCAGUUCCGGCUCCGGUUCACUACAGUGCUCCUCCUCCACCACCACCCCCACCACAACCUCAAGUCGCCCGAAUUGUCUACCUAGUCAGGGAACACCGAGUUGCAGCUCCGGCUCCACCUCCACCACCACCCCCACCACCAGCCCCAGUCCAUGUGCCAGCCCAAGUUGUGUAUGUAGCCGCUCCAGUUCACGAGCCUGCUCCUGCCCCUGCCCCGGCCCCAAUUGCAGCUCCAGCUCCAGCACCGGUCCCAGUUGCACCAGCACCCAUUGUGUAUGCUUCUCCACCUGCCCCAUACCCAGUUGCUCCAGCACCUGCACCCAUCGCCCACCAUCCUAAGGGAAUCGAAAUCGUGAAAAGAAUUAUCCUGCACUAAUGUCUGAAAACUUGGAACAACUACCAAAUUGAAUGCAUGUAUGAGUGAAGAACUGAAUUUUAGCAAUUG